AUGUGGCAGGGAGUUGUAGCCGAAAGGAAAAUAUCCAAGAGGCUGAAGCUUAUCAAGAGGGUUCGCGAGCACUAUGUUAGAGACGAUGUGCCCUGUGGGUUUGAGUGCUGUGGGGGAGUGUGCAGGGAGAAUGUGAGGACUUCUGUCUUUGUGAUUCCUGAUGCGAGUGUCAUGGCCAAGUACAGAGCACUUCUCAAAAGUGACUAUGUUGCAGCGAUAAUAUGCCAAUCUGCGCUUGAGGAGCUUUCUCGGAAUGACGAAAGAGGCCUGAGAGAUGUUGCAAGAGAGAAGGGGUAUGUGGUGUUCUGCAACAACUUCUGUAAAGCAACCUAUGGAAAGGGCCUUGAAGGGGUUUUGGAGUUCUACAAGGGCCAUCUGCCCCAGUACAACUUCAUUAUCCUGAGCACUGAGAACAUCUUGGAGUAUGGAAAAUAUGUCUCGGAUGAUAUCAAAGAUCUUCUAGACAGUGUUGAUGAGAAGGAGGCAACUGAAUAUGAGGACUACAAAGAGAACUUGGAUAUUCAAUAUGGGAGAAAGGGGCUAUACAAGGGAACGCUUGAGGUCAGCACGUACAACUGCUACAGUGGAUUUGUAGUGGACGGGAAUGUCAAGGUUCUCGUGGUUGGGAAGAAGAACAUGAACAGGGCAAUAAAUGGAGACGAGGUUUAUGUUGAAGUUGUGGAUGAGCGGGAUGAGGAUGGAAUACUGGUAGACAACGAGGAAGGGCCCAAGGAGACAAGAAAGAAAAAGGAAGGAAACGAGAUCUUUGGAAAGGUUGUUGGGAUUUAUAGGAGGAAGUGUAGAGAGAUUGUGGGAACAAUAUCUCAAAGAACAAUCCAGGGAAGCAGGGCCCAGAAUGUCUUGGUUAUUCCCAUUGACAAGAGGAUACCUGCGAUUAGGAUAAGAACAAGCCAACCUGAAGAGUUGGUGGGUAAGAGACUCUGUGUUGAAAUUGAUGGAUGGGAAAGGACAAGCAACUAUCCCAUUGGACACUACUAUAAAAGAUUGGGGUGCCUUGGAGACAAGAAGGCAGAGAUGGAAGCGAUACUUGUUGCGAAUGGAAUAACUUAUUAUGGAAGAAGCUGGGGCGACAUGCUUGGAACCUCCUGGAUGGAUGAAGACUGGCUGAGUAUGAGCAGAAUAUACCAGGAAGUCAAAGAAGGGACAAGAGAGGACUUCCGUGAGCUGACUGUUAUAAGCAUUGACCCGCCUGGAUGCGAAGAUAUUGAUGAUGCACUCCAUUGGCGGGUUCUUCCGAAUGGGAAUUUUGAGGUAGGAGUUCACAUUGCAGAUGUUGCAUAUUAUGUUCGCAAGGACUCCAAGAUAGACAGAAUAGCGGCGGAUAGAGGAACAACAGUUUACCUACCUGAGUGGCGCAUUGAUAUGCUUCCUCCUGACCUGAGUACAGACAUAUGUAGCUUGGUUUCUGGGAAGGAUAGGGCGGCCUUUUCUGUUGUUUGGGAAAUGUCUGGUGAUGCAAAGAUCCUAAAAACACAUUUCUGCAGAUCGUUAAUAAGAUCUCGAAAGGCCUUCAGCUAUAAGGAGGCAUAUGACGUCAUCAAGGGACUUUCAGAUAGUGAAGGCGGUGUGCUUGAUUCCUUGGUAGGGCUUCUGGAGAUAAGCAAGAUUCUACGGAAUGACAGGCUUAAGAAGGGCUCACUAGAUCUGAGUAGGAGACAAGCUACGUUCCGGGAAGGGGAGUUUGAAGUGAAGGAAUACUUUCCAACCAACUCUCUUGUUGAGGAGUUUAUGAUCCUUGCAAAUAUCUCUGUCGCUUUGUUCAUGUACCAUCAUCAUCCUGACUCUUCGUUGCUUAGGAAACACCCGCCCCCAUCUGUCCUAGACAUAUCUCCUAACAUUGAUACAUCUACUUCAAAGGGCCUAGGAGAGAUUUUGGACAGGAUGGACGGAGUCGAAAAGGAUCUUAUGAAAAGGAUGCUGAUCAAGUCCAUGAACCAGGCUGUAUAUGUUGUGUCAGGAGAAACCUCCAACUUCCACCACUAUGGGCUUGCAACGCCCAUGUAUACACACUUCACCUCUCCGAUCAGAAGAUAUGCUGACAUCAUAGUUCACAGGAUUCUAAGCAGCAUUCUUCAGACCGUGGAGCCUGGGGAGAUGGAGAUAAAGAGCCUCGGGGUUGUGACCUUUAGGGCAAGAAAGGACUUGGACGGAGGGCCUCGGGAUCAAGUCUUUGUCGACGAGGGAGUAUGCAGGAACAUGAACUCCAGAUAUAGAUCUGCCAAGAAAGCAUCCUGGGAGUGUGACAAAGUAAACAUUUAUGCAAUACUCAGAGAUAAGGAGCCUGUUGCCGAGGGAUUUGUCACGAGCGUUAAAUCAAAUGGGAUAGUUGUAUAUGUUCCUGAAUACAAUCUCGAAGAGGCUAUAGUCUCUGAAGGCCAUUUUGAGAUGCUCCAGAAGAUCUGGGUCAAGGUCCUAAGAGACGACGAAAGGUUCUUCCUGAGAAGAAGAUUUACGCUUGAGAUUUCAGAGGCACCCUCCUUACCAUAA